AUGUCUUUUUCAGUGGAUGCUUGGUGGGGAUUGGUCGAGAAAGACGGACCUUCCAAGUACAAUUGGGAAGGGUAUGCAGAGCAUGUGAACUUUGUCCAGAAGCAUGGCUUGAAGAUUCAAGUUGUCAUGUCUUUCCAUCAAUGUGGAGGAAAUGAGGCCAGGAAUCCUGAGUACAUAUCCUUGGGGUGUGAUUCAUUGCCUGUUCUUGGAGGAAUAACGCCCAUCCAGGUUUACACCGACUACAUGAAGACCUUCCAUGACAGAUUCAGAGAUUACUCAUGGGAGGCGUUAUUGUGGUUUGAGACUCAAUUUCAACUAUUUCUCCAGGAAAUUCAAGUCGGUAUGGGUCCUUGUGGUGAACUCAGAUAUCCUGCUUAUCCAGAGAGCAAUGGAACAUGGAAGUUUCCUGGAAUUGGAGAAUUUGAAUGCUAUGACAAGUCCAUGAAAGCUUCCCUGGAAGCAUCAGGAGAGGCACAAGGAAAGAGAGAUUGGGGAAGGACUGGACCCCAUGAUUCCGGCCAGCACAAUCAGUUUCCUGAAGACACCGGAUUUUUCAAAAGAGAUGGAACCUGGAAUACCGAGUAUGGACAGUUCUUCCUCGAAUGGUACUCAGAGAAGCUAUUAAGGAAUGGAAAUAGACUCCUGGCAGCUGCAAAAGGAGUAUUCCAAGGAACUGGAGCUAAACUAUCUGGAAAGGUAGCUGGGAUUCAUUGGCACUACAGAACAAGAUCCCAUGCUGCUGAAUUAACUGCCGGCUACUAUAAUACUAGACGUAGAGAUGGUUACAUACCAACAGCAAAAAUGUUCAGCAAACAUGGGGUUGUAUUAAACUUCACCUGCAUGGAAAUGAAAGAUGGAGAACAGCCUGACAAUGCAAAUUGCUCACCUGAGGGGUUAGUCCAGCAAGUAAAGAUGGCAACCAAGAGUGCUGGAAUUGAACUUGCAGGAGAGAGUGCACUGGAGAGGUAUGAUUCUGGUGCAUAUGGACAAGUUUUGGCCACAAGCAGAUCAGAUUCCGGCAAUGCGUUGAGUGCUUUCACAUACCUAAGAUUGAAUAAACGAUUGUUCGAAGGGGACAACUGGCGGAACAUGGUUGAAUUUGUGAAAGGCAUGGCUGAAGGUGCCCGGAAUAAAAGACUGUUAGAGUGUGACUCCACUGGAACCGACCUUUUUGUCGGGUUUAUCAAGGAGAAGAAUGUCCAGGAAGAAAAGGAAACUGUUCUUGUGUAG